UACCGGUUGGUUAUUAGAUAAGAUAAGAUGAAUUCUAAAGUUUUUGGACUUCCUCAUGCCAGGUCUCUGGGGAAUUACCUAAUUUCAUGACCACUUUUUUCAUGCCUCCUAACUUCGAUAGAAGCUGAGUGAUAAAAAAAAAAACAUGAAAAUAAACACGUUCCACUCAUAUUAUCGUAGAUAAAUCAAGAUAUCAAAUUACAUACGAAUUCCCUUCUUCACUCGUUUCCGUUUGAAAAACGAUAGUGGUAUUAUUGUAAGAAUUGGCUAUAGUCUACAUAAACUACAAGAUUUUUAAACAGAAAGUCAAGCUGAACUGCAUAUUAUGUUAAACUCAUCCGAAUUGUUUACUCUUAUCUUUUACCAGAAGAAACCUUUCACGUUUUUUUUUCACGUCUGGUAGAUCUAAUUAAUACUAAUUUGAUCGGCUAAUCAAAAUAUUAUUCAAAUUAUGAUUUACAUUUUAUUUACUGUAGCUCCUUUAAGAUUUACAUUAGAAAUUACAGAUUUGCUUAAUUUACUUACUUUCUGCUGCUUGGCAACAAUUUGGGGUUAGUAAGCUGACCUCAUAUUUUAAACUAGUUGGACGGGAUAGUCAAAAUUAUUGCCAACUUUGUGACCUAAUAUACUUGAAUACGACAUGCGGCGUAACUGACGCUGUAAUAUGUAGUAUUCGUGCGUUUUAAUUCCAAUUUACAAUUGUAUUAUAUUAUCUGUAUUAACAUAAAUUGUGUAAAAGCAUCAGCUAUGAUGCUAGGCAGUGACGAGACAAGGAAUGCAAAGCAACUAGUUCUGCAAGUCCGUAAUCUUCUAGAAGGAGAGGGCGGAGCGCGUAAUAGAUCUGUGUGGAAUUAUUUAUUUUAUUUGUCCACAUGAAAGAAAAUAUAAUUUAAAAAUCACCAAUUAUAGCUUUAUAAAACAAUUGAAUUACAAUUAAGACAUUCAUAAUUUUAACCCUAUCUAUAAUCGUCUCUCGCUUCAGUCCUGCGACUCGAGCUCUUACAAUAGUCGCUGUUUCUCAUAACUACGGUGCCGAUCCAUCAACAUUUUGAUCUAUCUUCCAUUACUCUGCUUGACGGCAUUUCUGGCUUGAUUCCGUUUGUAUUCAUUAAUGGUUUCGUCCGUAGUCGCAAGUGUGAGUGCAACAUAGAAUCUCAACAUUUCUAACUCAGCCUUGAUUUUCCAGUGAAUACCUUCCUUUUACUCACGCACGGGAAGAGAUGGGUUAGUGUAAAUAUUAAGCCUAUUCUUAAAUUUUUUGAAAAUUUGGGUAUGUAAAAACAAACAUAUUUUUUUAUUCUUUGUUGUAAUUAAAAUUACUAUUGCCCUAUUUUACAAUACCUUCUUAUCUACAUGCUAUUUAAAAUACGUUCCUUUUGAUGUACCGUUAACAAACUUUAUCGGAACUAAGAUCUUAAUAUCAUAUUUAUCUAACUUAGUCACAUCGAUCGCGAUCGCUUUAUAAAGGCAUUUUAAAUCGAAAAUUGCACAAACACAUUUCGUGAAGACGCGAAAAAUGUUGAAACUGAUUACUUUGUUGGCCAUCGCAUUUGCCGCUUGCAACGGAGAUGCCAUUCAAAACUUGGAGCGAUUUGGAAGUUUAAAUAAAUAUUAUUACUAUAGCAAUGCACAGAGAAAUUCGAUUACACUCACCGAAGACCACUUUCCCACUGGAAACGAUACUGCUGCGCCCUUUAACAAUAAUUCGGAUAUUGUCGUAAUAAUACACGGUCACAGUGGCACUGCUACGACGACGAUCAACCCUAUUGUUAAAGACGCAUUUUUAACAAGUGGCGAUUAUAACGUUAUCGUUGUGGAUUGGUCAUCAUUCAGUUUAUCAACAUAUUCAACGGCAGUGAUGGCUGUGACAGGUGUGGGAUCAAGUAUCGCUACUUUUUUGAAAAAUCUCAAAUUACCACUUAAUAAGGUGCACAUUGUUGGUUUCAAUCUUGGAGCUCAUGUUGCUGGAGUGACUGGAAGAAAUUUGGAAGGCAAAGUAGCAAGAAUUACGGGUCUAGACCCUUCGGCUCGUGAUUGGGAAAACAACGUACUACGACUGGGAACAAACGAUGCUCAAUACGUUGAAGUUAUUCACACCGACGGAUCUGGUGUCAACAAAAACGGCUUGGGCGUUGCUAUUGGACACAUUGACUUCUUUGUCAACGGCCGUCUUGUCCAACCGGGCUGCACGAAUAACUUAUGUAGCCACAACCGCGCUUAUGAAGUUUUUGCUGCAACAAUUACGCAUGGCAAACAUUACGGAAAUCAGUGCAGCACAGAAGCGGAGAUAACCGCAAAUAAUUGCCGAGGAUUUAUAGUUGAAAUGGGUACUGCCAAACUUGUAAAGCAUGGGUCUGGAAUGUUCCGAGUAAAUACCGGCAUGAGGUACCCAUUCCAUUUGUGAUGCCUACAAAACUUAAAACGAAGUUUUCUGUGAUGACCAAUAAAAUUAGUUUCUACAUUAACUAUUAUUUAUUAUUAUUAUUAUUAAAAUAAUAAAAAUAUACAAUGUUGAA